GAAAGUGAAAGUUUGUCAGAUCAGGGCUGCAGUCGAAGCAAAUCAUUUUAUUUCUGUCUGAAGGGAAAUAACCUGAGUUCAUCUGUUCUUUCUCAUCAACUGAGUGAAAUACUGAGGUCAGACAUGUCUGCUGGCAGCAACCAGAGAUCUGAGGAUCAGUUUCUGUGCUCCAUCUGUCUGGAUGUGUUCACUGAUCCAGUCACCACACCAUGUGGACACAACUUCUGCAAGAACUGCAUCACCCGACACUGGGACGUUAAAGACAGCUGCCAAUGUCCAAUGUGUAAAAAAGUGUUCAAGACGAGACCUGAUCUGAACACCAACACCUUCAUCAGAGAGAUGGUUGAUCAGUUCAGACGUGAACGUCAGCAGGAAGCCAGCAGCAGCAGCUCAGAGCAACAAGCUGCCAAACCAGGAGAAGUUCUCUGUGAUGUCUGCACUGGAACCAAACUGAAGGCCCUGAAGUCCUGCCUGGAGUGUCUGACCUCCUACUGUCAGACUCACCUGGAGCCUCAUCGGACAGUUUCAGGUCUGAAAAGACAUCAGCUGAUGGAGCCUGUGGAGAACCUGGAGGACAGGAUGUGUAGGAAGCACGAUAAACCUCUGGAGCUGUUCUGUAGGACCGACCAGACAUGUGUCUGCAUGCUCUGCUCUGUUUUAGACCACAAGACUCAUGAGCUUGUUCCUGUGAGAGAAGAAUAUGAAGGAAAGAAGGCAGAGCUGGGGAAGACAGAGGCUGGAAUCCAGCUGAUGAUCCAGAAGAGACGACUGAAGAUUCAGGAGCUGAAAGAGUCGAUGAAGAUCAGUAAAGAUGCUGCAGACAGAGAGACAGCAGAAGGUGUUCAGGUCUUCACUGCUCUGAUAAAAUCCAUUCAGAGAGGUCUGGACCAGCUUGUAGAGGAGAUCCAAGACAAGCAGAAAACUACAGAGAAACAGGCUGAAGCCUUCAUCAAAGAUCUGGAACAGGAAAUCUCUGAGCUGAUGAAGAGGAGUUCUGAGGUGGAGAAGCUCUCACGCUCUGCAGACCACCUCCACCUCCUCCAAAGCGUCUCGACCCUGAAAGCUGCUCCACCCACCAAGGACUGGACGGAGGUCAGAGUCCAUCCACCUUCAUAUGCGGGGACUGUGGUGAGAGCUGUGGACCAGCUGGUGGAGACACUCAGGAAAGAGAUGAAGAAGAUGAUGGAGGCUGAGCUGAAGAAGCUCCAGCAGGAUGCAGUGGAUGUUACUCUGGAUCCUGAUACAGCACAUCCUAAACUCAUCCUGUCUGAUGAUGGAAAACAAGUUUACUGUGGUGAUAAGGAGAAGAAUCUUCCAGAGAAACCAGAGAGAUUUUCAUACUGUGUUUGUGUUUUAGGACGUCAGAGUUUCUCUUCAGGCAGAUUUUACUUUGAGGUUCAGGUUAAAGGAAAAACUGGCUGGGAUUUAGGAGUGGCCAGAGAGUCCAUCAACAGGAAGGGAAAGAUCUUAGCAAGUCCUCAGAAUGGUUUCUGGUCUAUUUUUCUGAGAAAUGGAAAUGAGUACAAAGCUCUGGCUGGUCCUUCAGUCCGUCUCCAUCUUCAGUCUGGUCCUGAGAAGGUGGGGGUGUUUGUGGAUUAUGAGGAGGGUCUGGUCUCCUUUUAUGAUGUAGAUGCUGCUGCUCUGAUCUUCUCCUUUACUGGCUGCUGCUUCACUGAGAAACUCUACCCAUACUUCAGUCCCUUUCUUAACAAUGGUGGUAAAAACUCAGCUCCUCUGAUCAUCUGUCCUGUCAAUCAAACUCUCUGAUGGUUUUUCUAGAGAAGCUCCAUGAAGACUGAAUCUGUUUCUUCCACAGUAGGGAUCACCAAAUCCGGUCCUGGAGGGCCAGUGUCCUGCACCUGAUUCAAAUAACAUUGAUCUCCACCAGCUUGUUGUCAGAUUCUGCACAAGUCUGUUAAUGAGCCGAUCAUUUGAAUCAGGUGUUGCUACAGGGACACAACUGCAGGAUACCGACCUCAAAGACCAGAUUUGGUGAUCCCUGGUCUACAGUUUCAGUCUGAGUGUCUCUGUAGGUGAAGUUAUACUAGUGGACUGAUGAAAAUAGUGAACUAUUUUCUGAAACUGAUGUCAGAACUUGGAGGUGAACUCUGAGGUCUCCACUGGCCUCUGGUGGAUGUAUUAACCAAUAACAAUGAGAAUGUAAAGGACACAUGGGGGUAUGGGGGGUGGAGACGUUUGAAUCAGAUAUGACUACUGAAGGACUUAAAGGGAGCAUUAAUGGACCUUUAGUCUGAUCCCUCUGACUUUCACAUGAUUGUUAAAUGAGGGUAAAUAAGUGAUGUAACAGCUCUGACAUUUUUAAGUGUAAGAAAACAUGAAAACAACAUGUGACUCUCCAGGGAGGAUGAGCAAAGUUUAUUUAUGUUCAGGAAUGUCAGAACAGUGAGUGGACAUGAAAGCUGCUGCAGGCCUCUGCAGGUGGACACUUCAAAGCUCUCUGCAGCUACACAUCAGCUCUGUUUGCUUUCUGGAAGCUUCUACACAUCUCCUUCAGACUCCAUGGUCACACCUGAGGCUGCACAGGUUGAAUUAAAGCCGUUCCCUCCACUAACUGGGACUUCAGGUCUGGAGAUGGUGAAGAUCUACUUUUGACUUUUGCUUGUUUAAACCUUCCUGAUGUCGUGUUGCAUCGUUUCCAGCUGGGAUUCAUUCUUCCUUCAGACCAGACUCCAGUUUAACUUCCUCUAAAAUGACCAUCAAGUCACGUCAGUCGAACUGAAGCUGAAUUAAAGUGUUUUUAUGAUUUUAUUCACCCACAAAUGUGUCCUUAAAAUAAAAGAAUCACUAAUUAAAACCACUUUGCUCCGCUC